UCCGUUGAUGAAGUCAUUGGUUUUGCUGCUAUUCCCAUUAACCAGGUCGUUUAUGCUGAAGGAGCAUACUUAAAUGGUCUCUUCGAACUCUUUGAUACUAAGGGUGAACGUGCUGGUUUUGUUAAUUUGCAGUUAGCUGCUCAAGGAUUCCCUAACUCUCGUACUCCUGACUUUAACUGUGAGCCUGUUCAAGGUCAAAGUUACGUCCACGAUGGUCAUUGUGCUCGUAUGAAGUCUUCUGAGAAGAAAGCUACUGGCGUGACAGUUGCUGGAGGUCUCCUUGGUGUUGGUCUUGCAAUUGGUGCUGGUUUCCUUGCCAAGAAGCUUUAUGACGAUCAACAAGAAGAAGAAGAGGCUCAACGUCUCCAAGAAGAGGAAGCACAACGUCUCCAAGAAGAGGAAGAUGCUGCCAGACGCGAAGAAGAGGAGAAACUUCAACAAGAACGCGAGGAGUUUGAGCAAGAGCGUGAGCGCUUUGAAAGGGAAAAGGCUGAAAGAUUAGAAGAAGAAGCCAACGAGGAAGAAGCCAACGAAGAAGAAGCCAACGAAGAAGAGGACUGUGAAAGAGAGAGCCGUCGUCAUGAACAUGAUGGUGAGGAAUGUGAUGGUGAUCAUAGCUACGAGCGUCGCAACAGCAGCUCUUCCAACGAUGAUGAUGACGAAAGUGCCGAGAAGUGGGACCCUGUUGGCACCUAUGCUGCCGGUGAUCGUGUUAAGUACCACGGUCAAGUCUAUGUGUGUCUUCAAGAUCAUACCACUAACCCCACAUGGCAGCCUUCUGUUGCCCAUUCUCUUUGGCAAACUGAGUAAAGUGUCUAUUCCUUCAACUUAUAACAGACACUAUAAAUCUGUCACUGUUCAUGAUGUAAAAAAAAAUUAUAAUCUGUAUACCUCUGUCCAACAUUACCUUAAAUAAAUAAAAAAAAAGACCCCACUCUUUUUUUGUGUGUAAAAUAA